CCUCCCGCUGCUCUCUCUAGAUAGAAGGGCGAGGCAGACCGGUGAAGGGGCAGGAGGUUUAGACGCCACUGCUCGCUGGACCUGCGACACCAGAGUGGCUCAGGGCGGCUGCCCGUCCGUCCGUAGGCAAUGCCUGAGGCUAGGGAAUCCCCUGGAGAGCCCUGAGAGUCACCUGCACCGCCUUGGAAGGAUCGCCAGAAGUUAGCCCCAAGGGUUCAGAGAAGCUCUCUGCGCUACAACUAUGGCCGGUGAUUCUAGGAAUGCUAUGAAUCAAGACAUGGAGACAGGAGUCACUUCCCAGGACCACAAGAAGAUUCCCAAACAGGCUCGGGAUUACAUCCCCAUUGCCACGGACCGCACUCGCCUGCUGACAGAAGGCAAGAAGCCACGUCAGCGCUACAUGGAGAAGACUGGCAAGUGUAAUGUGCAUCACGGCAACGUUCAGGAAACCUACCGCUACCUAAGUGACCUCUUCACUACCCUGGUGGACCUCAAAUGGCGCUUCAACCUUCUGGUCUUCACCAUGGUCUACACCAUCACCUGGCUGUUCUUUGGCUUCAUUUGGUGGCUCAUUGCUUACGUCCGAGGUGAUCUGGAUCACGUGGGUGACCAAGAGUGGAUCCCUUGUGUUGAAAACCUUAGCGGCUUUGUGUCUGCUUUCCUGUUCUCCAUUGAGACAGAAACAACCAUUGGGUAUGGCUUCAGAGUCAUUACAGAGAAGUGUCCAGAAGGGAUCAUACUCCUUCUGGUGCAGGCCAUUCUGGGCUCGAUUGUUAAUGCCUUCAUGGUGGGGUGCAUGUUUGUAAAGAUCAGCCAGCCAAAGAAGAGAGCAGAGACCCUGAUGUUUUCCAACAAUGCGGUCAUCUCCAUGCGGGAUGAGAAGCUGUGCCUCAUGUUCCGGGUAGGGGACCUCCGAAACUCCCACAUAGUGGAGGCCUCCAUCCGCGCCAAGCUAAUCAAAUCCCGGCAGACAAAAGAAGGCGAAUUCAUCCCCUUGAACCAGACUGACAUUAAUGUGGGCUUUGACACUGGUGACGACCGCCUCUUCCUGGUCUCUCCGCUCAUCAUCUCCCAUGAGAUCAAUGAGAAGAGCCCUUUUUGGGAGAUGUCUCGUGCUCAACUGGAACAGGAAGAGUUCGAAGUUGUGGUCAUACUAGAAGGGAUGGUAGAAGCAACAGGCAUGACUUGCCAAGCACGGAGCUCUUACAUGGAUACAGAGGUGCUCUGGGGUCACCGAUUCACACCAGUUCUCACCUUGGAAAAGGGCUUCUAUGAGGUGGACUACAACACUUUCCACAACACCUACGAGACCAACACACCCAGCUGCUGCGCCAAGGAGCUGGCAGAGAUGAAGCGGAGCGGUCGGCUCCUCCAGUACCUUCCCAGUCCUCCCUUGCUUGGGGGCUGUGCUGAGGCUGGGAACGAAGCCGAGGCUGAGAAGGAUGAAGAGGAUGAGCCCAAUGGACUGAGUGUGUCCCCGGCCACCAGGGGCUCAAUGUGAAGUCUGUGCGCUACCCAGAUCCUCUUCUUGCCAGACACAGAGGAGCCUGGGAGGCCAGAGAGGCCAAUUAGUUGAGCAAGCUUUGUGGGGCCCCAGGAGUAUGGGAGCUCUACAGAGAGAAACAGCGUGUCGUGGCCUCACAUCUCCUCCUCCGGGCCUCGGAGAAAGUAGCCUUGCCUAGGCCUCCUGACAAGUGCUUUCUAGGCCUCUGUGAGAGCAUUAGUUGCCACGAGAGUGGGGCUCCCAACGAGAGUUCUAGGGUGCCAUCUAUCCUCCCUCUGAUUACUGGAGCCUGUUCACUUUCCUCCCCAAUCCAGGUCUCCUCAGCACAAUCCCUGAGGCCUGCGGAUCAAGGGAGGUAAUUUUCUCCAUGGAUACUCAGGCCUCCAGCUAGGGAUGAGUUCACAGAGGCCUUCCAGGGGCGAUGCCUUUUAGUCUGAGGCCAAAAACCCACCGAUUAAUAGUUUCUUAGCAAGGCCCGCUGUUCACCUCUGAUACUACCUGUGCUUUCCUCUUCUGUGUCGAGUGGACACUACACUACGGCUUACAGGGUAAUUGAUUUAAUUAGAGUGGCCUUAGGACACAGAGGACCUAGGAGCAUACACAGUGUCGUCCUCGCUACUGCCUGAUACCCCUAGUCAUACUGUGCCCUGUGCUUCAAAGGAGCGCCCCCCAGCAGUUGUACCUUUUGUAGGACUAUUUGGCCCAAGAACUUCAAAGAACCUCUGAAGUGGUCCCAGGGAACGAGUGAAUUUCAAAGAGCCAGAUGAGCUCAUUGGUACUAACACGGGGAUGGUAGACAGGAGAGAGACACGAGGAUAAUUUUAAAAUCAGUAUCUGGAGCCUGGGGUGGUGAGGAUCUGGAGCCUGUAAUCCUAGCGUUUGGCAGGCUGAGGCAGAAUCUCGAAUCUGAAGCCAGGCCAGUCUACACAACCCUGUCUCAAAAAAGCAAGAGACAAAUUAACAAGCAAGAAAACAUCUGCCGCAGCUGUCGCACGGGGGCUCCUUGGAGAAAAGUGGGCUAUGAAACACAAGUGACAAGUGCCCAAGUGCUCUUCAAGCCGAGCGUGGACCAGAGCCUUGGGCUGCCACUGAGAGAUGCCUCUGGACCUCCCUCCUAUGGAACAGCUCCAACAUAGUGGUGGGACCUAAAGGGCAGGCCCUGAGGACAGGAUGAGAGUCAGUGGGUGAUUAGGGGGAGAAGAAUCAAAGAGUGGAGAAGAACCUUGGGGUCCACAGCCUCAGAGACCCUUCUCUUCCAGUCUAGGACUGAGGGCCAGGUCAGUGAAGCGUUAGGUUGAAAACAAUCAGCUGGCCUGGGUUUGGGAAUAUGCUUACAUGUUCCCUGACACCUCUACCCCAGUGUUUAUGGCUCUCAACCAGCCUUUGAAAAUAGAAGCACCUUCUUACCAGGCCCCAGAGAACUUUCUCUGGCAUCUAUAGGGAGGCAAGAAGCUAAGGCAGCCUAGAGAAUGGCUUCCCAACCUCAGGCCUUGUUCCCCUCAGACUGAAUGCCCGGGUCCCUGGGCUGGUAAGGAGAGGCUCUGCAAUGGAUGGUUACAUCGUGGACUGGCCACAAAUGGAAGAGAGGAUCUUUGUGCUUGGCAUCUACACUGAGUCUGGGAGAUGGUCCAGGCCAGUGGCACUCAACCUUCCUAAUGCUGUGACCCUUUAAUCCAGUUCCUUGUAUUGUGAUAACCUCAAUCAUAACAUUAUUUUUGUUGCUACUUCAUAAUUUUAUUUUUUCUACUGUUAUGAAUUGUAAUGUAGAGAUCCAACUUGCAGGAUAUCUGAUAUACAAUCUCUGUGAAAGGGUUGUCCAACUCCCAAAAGGGUCUCAACCCACAGACACACAGGUUAAGAAUCACUGGUCUAGGCAGAGGUGCGCGUGUGUGUGUGUGUGUGUGUGUGUGUGUGUGUGUGUGUGUUGUGUAUGUUUCUGAGUGUGGUAUGUGUGUGAGUGUGUGGAGUGGUGUGUAUAUGUAUGUUCGUGUGUGUCUAUAUAGUAUGAGGGCUGGUACGUGGGUAUGUUAUUGGGUGGGGAUGGUAUGUGUACUUAUGUGUGUGUGUUAUAUGAUGAAUGUGGUAUUUGUGUACAUAUGUGUGGUGUGUAUGAUGUAGUGUGUGUAUGCUGUGGUGUGUGUGUGUCUUUGUGUGUGAUGGGAAAGGGAGUCCCACAGUGAUAAGGUGGGGGAGGCAUUAUACAUCUUCUAUAUGGUGAAACAGAUCUGUUGAAGAAUGGAAAAUGAACUGCCAUCCCUACUCAGGAAAGAAAAUCACCAAGCGGGUCCACAACACCCAAUAAGUAAGCUGCAGUCAGGAGUCUAAGGAUGGCACCUGCUGCUGAGACAAGAUGUCUAGAGUAACAGAAGAUGCAGUCGCUGCCACAAGAGACAGACACUCAGCCUGGCUUUCUGGAUCUGGGCUUAGGCAGGCAGGAUCAGUUCUACUCCUUGGUAAGCCAUGAAUCCUGCCUUGGUCAGAACUAGCUACUGCCUACAGGUUGAGAUCCUUAGUGAGGCGAGUUGGUAAAGAUAAGAAGUGGCAGGGAAUGAUGCCACAUGUUCAAUUGCCUUAUUUGUAUUUCUGAAACAUCCCCCACUUGGCCAAGAGAGACCAGUGGUCUGUGUGAGUCAGGGUCACUGGUGUGUCAAUGAGACGUUGUGGAGGCUAUCAAAGAGGUGGAUACACUCCUGAAGAUGCCCACAUAUCAGAGCUGAUAUGUACUGGAGUUAGUAAGAUAAUAGACCCAAUCAGGUUUCUAUAAUGGUGACCUAAGUGUGAGGGGACUGCCCUUCAUAUCCCAAGGACAAUUCCAUCUUAGUGAACAGUUGAUGUCACUAAAGUUUUAAAAACUCUUCAAAUAAUUUCCUGAAAGUUCCUGACCAAUAAAUUUAAAAUAUGGGUUUAUUAUUAAAUGCCUAGUCUGAUGCUGGCCCAUAUUGUAAUGGGUCACUGCUCCUACAGAGCUCAUUCCAUCCCUCGUGGCCACAAAGAACUGUGGCAGGGCUAGAGAAGCCAGCAAUAAUCCCCAAAGAUCUCUGCUCCUUGAGCUUGGGAAGUUGACUUCCUGCCUUGACUACCAUGUCCUUCCUCUCUGGAAAAAUCCCUUGCUCCAUGUGCCAGUAGACAUUCCCCCACACUGGAGAAGGCAAGUUCUUACUGAUUCUCCCCUCACUCUCCCCAACAAAUGAAUCUGACACUUCCUGGGUUCUGGCAACAUAACCACAAGACCCUGUUCUUGGGUCUCUCUGCUUCAGACGUGGCUCCCACUGAGCUCCGACAUAAUCAAGCAACCGGCUUGUGCCAUUUCUCUUAGCUGCUUUGAGAGCCUGCCUGAAGCAGUCAACAUUGAUGGAGAAGAGCCCCUGUCUGCCUGGGGAACAUGUCCCUGCUUAUUUGUUAUCUGUAGGAACUGGGAACCUUCAUUCACACCUCUUAUCCCAUGGCCUGCCUUCCAGCUGGCCCCGGCUCUGUGACCCCUGUGGAGCCAGGAGCUUCCCCUGAGGGUGACACAAAGCAAAGAUUGCACAUCAACUUGUAAGACAGACACUCCCCCCCCAACCCUGUUGGGUGGAGCAGUGGUUAGAUACCACUCCUGCAUUCUUGGACUUGGUUCUCUGAACGCUGCAGUAAAGGAGUCUGGAUAUCACAGAUGGAGAUGUCUCAAGCAAACUCUAUGGGGCCUUCUUCCUGUACAAACACCCUUAGGGAUCAGCUCCCAAGCUGCAGGCACAGACAGACCCCGCACAGUGGCGCUGGUCGAUUCCCGUGCUGUGCUGUGGAGGACAUUCCCCUUUUCCAGCCCCAGGAUAAUUAGAAAGCACCUUCUCUGAUUCCCAGAGAGCUAAGGAGCCAUGGAAAAAGAGAUUCCGUGGGGAAGAAUGGCUUUCCCCUAGAGGCUACGUAACCUCUGCGCUUGGUUCUCUAACAGUAUCCUAAAGCGCUCUAUCAAAUUGCCCUCCCAGGUAUAUGACUUCAAGCUUAUGAAAAAGAACACCAUUACACUGCUCAAAACUCACCCGCCCCCCUCCCCUGAAAUGGCUCGACCUGACGUAGCUUUCUCAUUUGAAAUACAUAGCUCGUGAGCUCCAAUUCAGGUGAUUCCCAGUGGGAGCAAACUUGCUCUUCUUUUUGUUCAUUUAAACCUGCAGUUAUUGGUGUGCCGCAUUUCAGCUGGUACUGGGGUGGGAAGGUCAGGCCUGGAGAGAACGCUGCCUUAGUAACAGGGCUCAGUCUCCACAGGGGGGGACAGACUUCAGGAUGGCAGCAAAGACAGACACUGCCAGGGAUUCACACAGCUCAUCUGUCCAGGGAUAAUUUUCACCUUUUAUUUAGUGUUAGAUAUAUUCAGAACCCACCUUGCCUAAGUCACAAGUAACUCUAAAGCAGCCUUUUCCUUUGAAUACUUUUGAAAAUAGCCACUCUGGGGAGUCUCUGGGCUAUCAAUCUCCAGGCAAGGUGUAAGUUUACAGAAUGGUUGUUAUCAGGGAACCCUGGGGAAAGGGCAGGGAGGCUGUGGUAGUUAAGGUUAACAAUCUCUCAAAUGGAGACCUGAGCUUUCCACUGAGCAUGCAUUGGCAAGGGGGUUGAUACUAGGUGUCCUCCUGUGAUGAUCAUCAGCUGUCAGGGACAAAAUCUCACAGGAACCUAGUCCUCACCCAGACUCCCUUCUAAAGACAACAUGGCGAGCCAAGGUAUUGAUUCAUCUUGAGGGGGGGCAGUAUGAGAAGCCCUGGCUGGUACAGGGCAGCUGCAGUGUACGGGACAUGUCCCAUGUCUGACCUAGCACCCAUCCCCCAGGGUAAUCAGAGAGAAGGAAAUCAACGCAUGUAUGACAGCCAGCAGGUGCCUCUUUAGACCCCAGUAGAGUCCAACAACAUGUUGGUGAUAAACAAAUCUCUAGGGAGUAGUUUGGGAAAUAGAAAUGUCAGCUGAGAUUUUUUUUUUCUCUAAGGGACUAUUUGCUUUUAUUCAAAAGCUGUUAUUCAAAUACCUUGGCUUCUGUGUGCUGGAGGCAAGAAUUCUAAACCACAGGGGAGGAAUGGGUGAGAAAGGGGAUGUGUUAACCAGAGCGUAGGACUUCAUUCUUCACAAACGGUACAAGUAAGCCCAGAGAACCAGGGCCAGUGCAGGUGAGGAUGCUGCUGGGAGAUGUAUCCAGUAUGUAUGUCUGCGCAUUAGGGUCCCUCUGCGUGCACAAGCGGAAUGUUGCUGUCACAUGCUGAAUCCCCUCUGAA